GCUGAAUAUAGGAUCCAUCAACCAAAAACUGGCCUCUAAGCAGCCCUUUGCCAAUGCUAGUUUUACUGGCAGCGUACCAUUAUUUUUGCCAGUAUGCCGGGCCUAAAUUCAUGAAGAAAAGAAAACCAUAUCAACUGAAGAAUACUUUAAUAGUGUACAAUAUAUUCCAAAUUUUCAUGAGUAUCUUCAUAGUUUAUUCGGGUGGAGUUUAUGGCUGGUUCACACGGUACAACUUUAACUGUCAACCAGUGGACUGGUCAGAAAAUCCUGAUCCUAAUGAAUUGAGAGUUGCUGAACUAGUGUGGUGGUAUUACUUUUGCAAACUGACGGAACUCUUAGACACAGUUUUUUUCGUACUACGUAAAAAGGAUAACCAGGUCACUACACUGCAUUUGUAUCACCACACUAUAAUGCCGAUAUUCAGUUGGAUUGGCUUGAGAUUAGCGCCAGGAGGCCAUUCCACACUUCUUGGCUGGAUUAACUCAUUCGUUCACAUCAUCAUGUAUACCUAUUACUUGGUCGCUGGUUUGGGACCGCAAUACCAGAAGUAUUUGUGGUGGAAGAAAUACCUUACUUCUAUACAGUUGAUUCAAUUCUGCAUAGUCUUCUGGCACAACUUCAGCGUUCUUUUCCGGGACUGCGCUUAUCCAAAAACCUUCAACGUAUUUGCUAUCGUAGAAUCAGUAACUUUCAUUUACAUGUUUGGGAAAUUCUACUACUAUAGUUAUGUCAAAAACAAGAAGAAAACGAAAUAA